AUGUACAUGUGCACCUUGCCCGUGGUUCGGGCGGAGCCUUUGAAGUUCGCCCAGGCUGGCGUCAGGGAGGUCGUGAAGAACGUGUUCCUGCCUGGGUGCAACGCCUUCCGCUUCCUGGUCGGGGAGGCGACACGCUACGAGGCUAGCGAGAACGCAGUCUUCAAGCAGGACAGCGAAUGUAUCAAGAAGAGCACCAAUAUGCUGGACAAGCAGGAGCUCACCAACUGGCACAUCCGACUGAAUCGCGACAGGAUCAAGGGCGACAACGGCACCGAGGCGAUUUUCAUUGCGCUGUGCACGCUGUCGGACGUG